UCUACACCACACCUUUUUUUGUCAGUUAAAUUUCACUAAAGGUCCAAACGAGGACAUUGUCAAGAUGCUUCUGUUCUGUGUGACACUGCUUCUCCUUCACCAAGGAUGUGCUUUGGUUCCAGUGGUAACAGUUCAGCUUGGUGAACCUGCAACUCUGACAUGUGUUCUAACAAAGGAAUGGUUGGGCCUUAAAAUUCUCCGCUGGUACAAACAAGAUGCAGGAGAUUCUCUGAGAGUAAUUGCAUCAAUGCAUAAAAAUGCAAACCACAAAUAUGGAUCAGGAUUUUCACCCUCAAGACUAAAGGCAGAUUAUCAUAAACAAACUAUUAAUCUGACAAUUUUGAGGACAGUUAAAGAAGAUGAAGGAAUGUAUCACUGUGCGAUCAUGGACUGGGUUGAAAACAUUUGGAGUGGGAUUUAUUUGUCCAUAAAAGGGAACGGUGAGAGAGCUGUAAGCUACAGGGUUGAGCAGCGAUCAUCAGUCAACGAUCCAGUCCGUAUAGGAGACUCUGUAAAUCUGGAGUGUUCUGUCCUUUCCAAUACUGAGAAGAACAAUUGUACAGAAGAUCUGAAGGUUUUCUGGUUCAGAUCUGGAUCCCAUAAAUCUUACCCAGAAAUCAUUUACACUGAUGAUGAUUGUAAGAAAGAAGAUUUGAGGAGAUGUGUUUAUAGCCUUUCUAAGAGUGUUACCUCCUCAGAUGCUGGGACUUAUUAUUGUGCCGUGGCUACAUGUGGAGAGAUUUUAUUUGAAAAUGGCCAUACUCUCCACAUUGAACAAUCGGCAGAUGUUAUGCUUGUGACGAUGAGGAUCUGCUUGAUCGUUUCUGUAAUUCUAAAUAUCUGUUUUAUUUGCUACUGGACUGGAAAAGCUGCAGAUAAACAAUUUAAAGGGAAAGAAGAGAAGUUUUCAAGUACAAGACAUGACCAUUUGAGUCAACCGAGGGAUGAUACGAAUGAAGAUGAAAAUUAUCUAAACUAUGCUGCGAUAAAUUUUUCUGAAGGGCAAUCAACAAGAGGACAUAAGAAAAGAAUAUCAGAGUUCGAGGAAUGUGUAUAUUCACGAGUUAAAUAUCAGUUAUAAUUGUGUGUUUGUAUGGGAUGGUUUAAAACUUAAAUCCAGUACCAUGUCAGAGAAAUAUUAUGUGCAGUUCUGAAAAAUGACCCAGAAUGACUCUGUAAUUUAAAUGUUUUUGCAUGUAAAUGUAAAUUUGUGUCAAUUCAUUUAAUUCAAAAAUGUUUUUUAUUCUUUCAUUUUUGUUUGUACUGUGUGGCAAAAUCAAAAUAUCAACAAACUGUAUGAAAGGUUUUGCACAAUCAUCUUAAAACUAAAUGUUACUUUGUAGAUCCUCCUGAAACAUGAGGAUCUCAGUCAGUGAAAUAAAUUACAGAAGAAUUUUAAGCUGCGUAAAUUAAAAAAAAAGUUUUCAAUG